CAGCUGGACUAGCAAUAGAAAUACAAACAAUUGGCGCAACAUUUUCAACAGCUGCUACAAAAGUAAUCAGAAACCUGACGUGUGAUAAUUGACAUGAAGCUGCAUUUAUCAAUGCGCUUCUUCACCUAUUUUAGACAUUCACACAGAAGACAAAACUCAAAAGGUCGAUUAUUCUGUUAUCGAUAGUUUUAGCUGCACUGCAACUUUUUGUUAUUGGGCGCACAAUAUUCGAAAUUGGAUACCUGGCUGCCCGUGGCAACGCCACGACAGCCAAAACAAAAAUGCUCCAAACCCCAAUUUGAUAAGAACAUGUCUGUGAAAAAGCUGACAAUUUCACUUGGAGCAGUGCACAAUGUCACAUAAGAGAUUUCAUAUGCGCCUCGAACUGCAGCUACAUGCGCUAACCUGCCCGGGCGUCUGGCUGUGCUCACACGGCUAUUUGGAGGCGACUGUCAAGACAUUGGGCUACUAUUUUCGCACUGGCGCAAUGGAGCCACGUUUUCCCAUGCUGUGCCAUGAUCAGUUCACGAUGGAAGGUUACUUUAGGAGCGUUAACUCGCUGGACCAGAUGCGGCAGAUGCUUAACUCGGAGCAGCUGGAGAUAACAUUGUGGCAAAGUGGACGCCGGCUAGCCUACUACGUGGGCAGACUAACGGACGUAAUGCAGCCGCCAAUUCCACAACCAAGCUGCGCCCACAUCGCCAACGUCCAGCUGCUGAUGAAGGCAACAUCCGCAUUUCCGGGCAUAUUGGCGCCGAAAGUGGAGCUGUCCGCGGAACUAAGCACGCAGGACAAACAAAGCCGACGCUUUAAAGUGGAUCUGGAGCGGCCACUAAACAAUCGCCAUGUGGAGAGUCGCUGUUUCAGUCGCCUGGAGCUGCCGCGCAAACAGCAAGCUGUGUGCCAUGCCAAACAAUCGAAAUGCUGGACAGGCAGUUCCAGCUGCAGUUACGCACCCACAAUGAGCAAUCGAAUGCCGCCACGCAGGCUCUCCACGUGCUCGAGCAGCACACAGCUAAGUAGUCAAUCUCAAACGCUUAGUCAGUGCUCCAGCUUGACGCAGUGCAGCUACGGGUCAGCUGUCGGUGGUGCAGCUGAGCAUCACAGCAGUUGCCCCAUCUGUCAGGCAUACAGUAGAUUGUUUGAGAGUUGCUAAAAGGUACAAAUACAUGCGCUUAUAUUUAAAAUGAA